AUGCUCUCGAGAAUUGUUUCUCGAGCGGUAUUACAAACUGUAUUCGUUCGAUCGACGAUUCCGCAUCGAUUUCAAAGUUCGACGUCCAAUUCUGGGACAGUUGGUUCCGAAACCUCAGAUGAAAGCGAAAGUUUUCUACAUAAUCGCAACAUCGCUCAGGCAAUAGCUGAUGAAGAAGCUAUCGAUACUAUUGAACAGGCGACAAGUAACCGUGCAGAAAUGAUUAGUCAAGCAAUGAAAAACUACCUUACGAAAUCCAGAGAAAAACAAAAAGUUUUGGAUGAAAAGAUUCAUGAAUACGAAAUUGGACGAAGACAUCUUGCUAAGAUCAUGGGUGAAGAUCCAGAAAGUUUCACUCAAGACAAAAUCGAUGAAGCAGUGAAUUAUCUUCUUCCAUCCGGUCUACUCGAUGAACGUGCAAGACCAAAGAUGAGACCACCAGAAGAAAUGUAUCCAAAAGAAAAAGCUGUUCAAUUCGAUAAAGCUGGUCGACCAUAUCAUUUUCUAUAUUACACAGCCAAACACAAUUAUUACGAUGUUUUACAUGCCGUCGCUAAUAAAAUGGAAGAAUUGAAGAAAGCGGAAGUUGCAAUGUUCGCAUCAGGCCGAGAACCAGAUUACAGUCUCAACGAUGAAUUUAACUAUACUCAAUGGGAAAAGAAAGAAGUGUUCGAGCAGCGAUUUUUGGAAAAGCUCGAUGAUGAACAAUACAAAACAUUAAUUAUUUGUUUAAAUCGUCUAGUAAAACAUCCAUUAGCGUAUACAAUGAAGGAAUAUAUCAAUUCAUUUCGAACAAAGUUAGCCGAUUCAAUAAGUAAACAAGAAAUUGAACCGUUACGAUACGAUGUCGAUGGUCGACCUUAUCAAAUAGCUAGUGGUGAGUAA